AUGGCGAGCACGGGUUGUUCUGCUUUUUCUCCUGAUAACCAACUUUGGGCAAAUUGUGGCCGAGAUGGAAAAUUAAAAAUAUGGGAAACUCGCACAGGUAAAUUAAAGCAAGACUACGUUCCAAAUUUACAUUUAUCUUCCGGGUGCAGUGUUUUGGAGUGGAUCACCGUCAGUCAACAAUCAAACACGCCAUCACCAUGGAUGAAGCGCAAGAGAAAAUCAAUGUCCAUAGUAGAGGACUCGGAGCAAAGACAGCUGAUAGCUAUGGGCACGGUUGAUGGCAAGGUCAUCAUUUAUAAUCCAUCUGCGGGGUCUCCGGAGAAAAUACUCGAAAGGGGACACUCAGCAGCGGUGACUGCUAUCACUUGGUCCUCCGUGGGGCUUUUUACCGCUGGCGAUGACGACCUGAUUGUCGAGUGGAACCUCCAGGACGGAGGAGUCAAAUCCACGUGGAAGUCAGGGCAAAAUAGAAUCAACUCGCUUGUUAUUUCCGCAGAUGGACAGUAUCUGGUUGCGGGUGAAAGGCUCAUUAGAUGCUGGAGUUUGGAAACUAAAAAAGUUGUGGGAACUUUUACUGGACAUGUCAAUCCAGUUAUUUUCCUCAGAUCUGUACAAGUUGGGAAUAAUAAUUAUGUUAUCAGCGGGGCUAAUGGUGACUCUUAUCUUUGUAUUUGGUCACUUUCUGAGUCAGCGAUGAAAGCAAAAACCUCAAUCGCAACAUUGACGAUGCAAGACGACCCAGUAUCAGUAUCCGUAAAAUUAAACAACCAGUCCCAAAUAGUAAUCCUAGCGACAAACAGAACCGGGCAGUGUCACCUAUUUGUCUACCAACCAAACGGCCUCUUAACAAAACCAUUAAAACCCACAGUUACCGUAAUAAUUACAACAGAAACAACCGACAAGGACGUCACACCAGUGCCAAUCCUCUCUUCACAAUUAACAGAAGACAACAAAAUGCUCCUAGCCUUUGGAACCCUGGUGUCUCUGGCAUUCGACCGUAUUGUCCCUGAUUUAACUGAAAAAAUCCAGAUGGUGGUGAGAAAAAACGUUAAAUGGACUCAGGAAAAAAAAACUGAAGCAUUAAGCAAAGUAAAGAAUCUCGUGAUUGACGGGGAUGUAGAGUACGUAGCACCCGGUGCUCCUUUGGCCCUAAAGCGUUCAAGAGGUUCAACCGGGUCUCAGUUACCACUUCAAGACCGGCUUGAGACUUUAAGCCUAAAUAAUGAAGGAAAUCUUUCUAAAACUCCGACAAAAGGUUACAAUAAGACACAAUUGCUGCUCCAAGGAUUGAAGAGCAGGGACAGAAAUAUUUUGAACAGUGUUUUGUUAAUGAGAGAUGAGCAGGUAAUUCAAAACACCGUUGUCAAUUUGCCAGUACAAGCCUUGAAGCAGCUGAUUGGAGAGCUAGUAGGAAUGCUACAGGGGAAAACUUUUCCGAGUAAAAUAGCUGUUUUGUGGAUUAAAACUUUGACAAUAACUCAUGCAGCGCAUCUGCUCUCGCUGCCCAACAUUGACGACUUACUAAGUCCUGUUCUCGGCUUCAUUGAAGAUAAACUGACUAUUUUACCCGAGUUAUCCAGGCUAAGAGGUCGCGUCGCUCUUGUCACUGGUCAAAUUUCGCAUCUCAAUAAUAAAGAGUCAAAUGAUAUUACCAAUGAGUGUCUUUUUACUUAUCAAGACCCAGACUCCGACGCUGAAGAUGAAGAUGAUAUCGACGGAAUCGAGGCUGGAUCCGACUCCGACGCAGAAUGGGACGAAGUUUGUGAUCAGGAAGAUAUGCAACAAGAUAUCGAAGAAAAUGGAAGAUCUGACUUGGAUGAUGAUGACGCUUCUAUUUGCAAUUAA